AUGCUACCCCUCCUGUCCUUGUUGGCCAGUGUCCUACUCUCCGGGGUUGAAGGAGGAGAGAUCUACUGGGGAGAGGCCAAACCACACUCCCGGCCCUACAUGGCACUUGUACAUUUCUAUAGUGACAAAGACGGUAAUUUGCACAGAUGUGGGGGUUUCCUGGUACAAGACAACUUCGUGUUGACAGCAGCUCACUGCAAAGGAAGCAAAAUGACUGUCAUGCUGGGAGCUCACAACAUCAAAAAGAAGGAAAACACCCAGCAGGUCAUCCCUGUGAUCCAAACCUUCCCCCACCAGGACUAUGAUGCUAAGAAACAUAUCAAUGACAUCAUGCUGUUGAAGCUGGAAUCCAAGGCCCAGCUCACCAAGGCUGUGAAGACCAUUGCCCUGCCACAUCCUCAGGACGUGGUGAAACCCGGGCAGGUGUGCAGCGUGGCGGGCUGGGGAAAAACGGCUGAAGGCAAGCUUUCAAACACACUUCAGGAGGUGGAUCUACAAGUGCAGAGGGAACAGAAAUGCAAGGAUCUCUUCAAAAAUUACAAAAACUCCAUCGAGCUGUGUGUGGGAAACCCUAAGUCCAAGAAGGCCUCUGGAGGUGGGGACUCUGGGGGCCCAUUUGUGUGUAAAGGUGUGGCCCAGGGCAUCAUCAGCUAUGCUUACAAGCAUCCUGAGGUCCUUCCCCGGGUCUUCACCAGGAUCUCCAGCUUCGUGCCCUGGAUCCACAGAACAAUGAAAUUCUCGCAGGAUAACUAGACCACUGCCACCUGUUCGUGGUCUCCAUCUGAACU